CAGGCAUGCGCAGUCGGUACCAAAACGAAAAGGGUAUAGUGGUUUCUUCCAAGCUGCAGGUUGUUCCCAUUGAAAUGAUCCCCAAUUAGACAAUCUAAGAUUGUUUUUAUCACCAGAACAACAAAGCGAAACAAUAGAUUAGGUCCUUGCAGCUUCUGUUAUCAUCAGUUUUCCUUCCUCCGCGUGGCAGUAUGAGCAUGUUUUCGUCUCAAACCUCGUCGUUCCAAGAUUCCAUCGACGUGGAUGAGAGAGAUGACUUCGACAGCGAAGAUAUUGGUGGCUUCAGCCAGAAAGUACAGCUGAAUUGUUACUACACCAUCUACCUGUACCAGGGCACAAGAUCUGAAUCCUCUGGGGAAAAUGGGGCCCGGAACCGGAAACGUACAGACUCGACAACCAGUCAAGAUGACUUUAGCUUGACUUUAGUUGACAGCAGCCUGCCAUCAGAGGCAGAACCAGAGCUGCGGACCUACAUUUCAAGAAGGCUGAGCAAAGGCGCUCUGCUGGGAGGGAUGGGCAACAUCGCCACUGUGGAGCUCAGUAUUCCAGAACAAGCCGUUGGAUGCUACUGCUGUCUCCUGGAGCAGGAACGCUCUCCCGAGCAGCCGGAUGCUGAUGGAAAUGGAUAUGUCAUCUGCUUCAUGGGCGGAUCUGAAAAAGGACUAAACUUAUUUAGAUUAGAGCUUGAUAAAUAUGUCCAAGGUCUGCAAAGCAGCCUUCAAACUCCAGAGCUGCAGAACCUGGAGACAGAGGUGCGUCCCUAUCUGAGCCGCUGGUACGAGGAGUCUGUGAUGCACAUUUUCAGGGUGGUGCAGCUGGUUCAGAGCAACAUCAGCUUCCUGCUGCACGCUGCUCUGAGUCACACUCAUGUGGAAGUCAUCAGUUCAGACGAGAGGACAAAGACUGACGUGUCCAGGUUCAUCAAAGCAGCCAGUUUGCAGGGUCUGUCCCAGCAGGACACCACGUCAGCGUCUCUGUGUAAAGCCAUCUCCGAGGACACGGAGUUAAACGUGGUCUUGGACUGCUCCACCAGCCCACCCACCCUCACAAACACACAUACUAACCGUUUCUGUGAUGGCUGGAUUCAGGCGUUUCUAAACGCCGCAGAGCGUUGUAAUCCCUUCCUGCUUCGACAGAUUCUGGAAAACUUCAAACUUAAGGCCAUCCAGGACAUGAACAGCCUGAAGCGCUUUGUGCGGCAGGCAGAGAUGAGCCACUACGCCCUUUUCCGCUGUGCCCAGUUCCUGCAGAGCUGCGGGAAUGGCGACGUUUUGCUGCAGAACGCCCAGGCGGAGCACAGCGACCUGCCGGAAGCCUGCAGCAUCAUCUCAGUCCUGGAGGAGUUCCUCCAAGAGCAGACUCGGGCCUGACCCCGUCACAACCACUAAUCUGUUCAAACUAAACACUAACACUUCAGAUCGCCUGAUUCUAAACACUCUAAUGGUUUGAUGUGGAAACAGAACACCUAUUGGGGCUAAAAUAAGAAUGAAGUAUACACUAACUAAUAUGAUGGUGCUGUCGCAGCUCUUCUGAUGGGUUAUUCUUAGGUUUAAGGUAUAGUCUCAAUCUUUGGGUUUUUGUGAAGUGUGUGUGUGUGUGUGUAUGUAUAUAUAUAAAGAUGUAAAAAGCCAAAUAUUCACCAGAGCACAGAAAUUAUCCAAAUUAGAGCUUAUUAUAAUAAUGUUUGUUUCUGUGACCUCCUAGUGCUUUAAUAAUGAAAACGCACAAAUCACUUUUCUUUAAGUAGUUCUUGUUUUCCUUCGAUAUCGGCUGUAUUUAACUUAUCUCGUUAACACUGAUGAUGCUGUUUGAUUCUUUCUGUGGGAACAGUUUUGUAAAUGUAUAAUUAUUUAAAAAAUGAGUUAUUUUUAUGAGUUUAUGUGAACAGAAUAGAGUAUUUGUAACUUGUUUACUUGCUUUAUGUAGUUUAGAGGAAACGAGGCUUAAAACUAAGAAAUAAAACUAGAAUAUAAUGAGUAAGUUUUAAUUCAUCCUCCUAGCUUUAACAGUGUGAUGUCUUUACAUCAAAUCAUUCCCAUAAAAUCUGCCCAAAGCUUGUAACGGAGCAAUAGAAGUGUUGAUGUGUAUACUUUUAAGCUGUGAAACGUGUGUGUGUGUGUUUUGACACUUUCUGUACAGCACUUUCUCUGCAGCUAUAAAUAAUUUGGUUUCCAGAAAUAAACUCAUUAAACCCUCA